GCUGGGCUUCGGCGUCCGCGUCGCUCCCGCGCUGGGGCUAGGCCGGCCUCCUCCGCUGUGCCGGCGGCGAAGGGCCGCCCGCCGCGCGGCGUCGGCUGUGGCGUUGCAGUCCUUGUGCGGUGCCAGUGACGCCGGUGGUGGUUUCCGCGACAGCGGGUGCGGCUGCCUUAGCCCGGCCCGGGCUCCGGGCUGCCUGGAGGGUCUGCGCAGCGCCCACCCGUUCUCCGGCACCGCCCGCCGGCAGCGACCCUGAGCCGACACCCGGGGCGAGCAGCCAUGGCGGCGUCGACGGCCUCCCACCGGCCCAUCAAGGGAAUCCUGAAGAACAAGACCUCUGCGGCUUCCCCGGUGGUGUCCUCGGCCGAACAUCCCAGCCGGAGCGUCGAAGAGGAGCUGAGUAAAAAGUCCCAGAAGUGGGAUGAAAUGAAUAUCCUGGCAACGUAUCAUCCAGCUGACAAAGACUAUGGUUUGAUGAAAAUAGAUGAGCCAAACACUCCUUACCACAAUAUGCUGGGUGACGAUGAAGAGGCCUAUAGUGAUUCGGAAGGCAACGAAGUCUUGACUCCAGAUGUCUUAGCUAAGAAAUUAGCUGCUGCUGAAGGAUCAGAGCCGAAGUAUCGGACUCGGGAACAAGAAAGCAGUGGAGAGGAAGAUAAUGACCUCUCCCCUGAAGAGCGAGAAAAGAAGCGGCAGUUUGAAAUGAAAAGGAAGCUCCACUACAACGAAGGACUGAAUAUCAAAUUAGCUAGACAGUUAAUUUCAAAAGAGCUACAUGAUGACGAUGACGAAGAUGAAGAAAUGUCAGAGGCUGCAGAUGGAGGCAGUAUGAAUAUCGAAGCGUCAGAUCAAGGAUCUACAGCAAGUGGUCAUCUGCAACACGAAUCACAAAGUUCAUAAAAGAAAUGUGUUCAGCAACGUAGUCGUUUGUCAAAUACAAACCUUGUUACCAUAAACGCUGCUUCUUGUUCUCUACAAUUCGUGACUUACCAAAAUCCACACCAGUUAUAUAUUGCCAAGAAUUAAGUGAUAACCAUAGAGACUGAUUAGAUGGAAAAUGCCUAAUUAUGCAUAUAUUCUUGUGCCUCAUACUUCACCACAAAUACAGUGUAAUGUCAUUAGUCCAAAACUGCUUUACUUUUGUAAGAACACUGGUUAAUUUGUAUAAGAUAUUAUUAUAUAGCUUUUUAUGCUUUAGAGAUUGUCAUUGGGGGAAACUAAUUUAUUUUUGUCACUUCUAUAUGGUGGUACCUCUUUUAAAAUGUUUGGGCGGGUAGUUUGAUGUUUCUUUUAAUCAAAAGCCUAUUCAUACAGUGGGAUAUAUAGAUGGAUAAAUAUUUAGGGUGAGAGAUAUUUUUCAACAUUUAUCUUUAGCUUGUUUUGGCUAAUUGAGAAGGCUUCUAAGAAUUACUGUUCAUUUUCUAAUCUGACCUUUAAAAGUCCUGUUGCUUUUCUUUGUGCUUGAAAAGAAAGGAAUGAAUUUUUUUUCAUCCACAUUGGUUUCCCCCAUUCCCACCCACACUCAAAUAAAUUACCAGGUUAAAGUUGCACUGACAUCUGCUCUGCUUGUUUUAGUACACUGGGCAGACUUCAGAUAAGGUUCUUAAUAUCAUGUGCUAUCUCUGUUCCCUAUUUAUAUACCUGUCUUAACCUGCUCUUGUUCCCUAUUCCCUUCUGCUUAUACACAUACAACUGUAAAGAUUGUAUUACUGGAUUACAAAGGCUGUUGGACAUGAGGAACUCUUACUGCAUUUUCUGUUAUUUGGUUCAGAAUGAAUUCUCAUUUUGGCACCUGCUAGUUCUAAUACAGGAAGGAACUAGAUCUAGUAUUCCUGUACUACAGCAGGAAGGAUAGCUGGGCAGCUUCAUCUCUAUACUUGUCUGACAGCUUGACCAGUAAAUGGCUAGUAUUAUUAGCUCAUUGACUGUAGACCAUAGGAAAUAGUUAACUGAGGCUCUUUUUGCACAGUGAAAGCAUUGUAUGUAAUCAGAAUAUGAUUGUUCCUGAAUGUACAGACAGAAUUAUACCUGAACAUUUUUAAAUUUAAACAUUUUAAAGAGUCCCUGCUUUAAGGGACUAUGAUAAUGCACACUAUGACAAAUGGACUUGAUUCCUUUAAUGUGGUAGAACUCAUUUCCCCCCUGAAGUGAAGUGUAGUCCCUGUUUGUCUUAGGUUAGUGAUGGUUUCCUUUGUAGUCAUUUAUUUGUAUUGUAAGUUUUUGGUAGUACCAAAUGAAUCUGUUAUAUGACAGACUUUUAAAAUAACUUCAUAUAUUAUAUAUAUACAUACAUAUAUGAAAUGGCUUUUAUUGAACAGCUGUCUUCCACUUUAAAUUUAUGGAACUAUCAUGAUGUCAAAAUAAAGUGGGAAGAGUCCUUGCUGUUAGAAGAA